UAGCGCUUCGUCAGCAGCCAUCAGAUCGACCAGAGAGCCAUAUCAGACCCCGAGGGAAGGAUCUGGUUCCCUUUUACUCCCCUAAUGUCAUAUUAGUUUUUGGUCGACGGCAAAUUAAUUUAGGAGGCUCCGAAUACCAAUGUCGUCGCUUUCGUUUUGUUCUGAUUUAAAAAACCGUUAUCUACCGAAACAGAAUGGAAAGGACGAGCACCUCUGCGGGCACUUUUAGGACAUAAUCGAUCGGUUUAAAAACGUGUAUUGAGGGUUUAAAGUUCACUGGCUGAUUUUCAAACGCUUCGUCAGUCCAGGCUAUAACUUUUUUUUGAAUUAUUUUUAGCUGAUACUUUCAAGAUAGUUUCUCUCUACAGCACGAGACUAAAAGUUACGCCGACUACUCGCCACGCCCCCUUCUUUCUUAAAGACGUAUCGACCUCCGAGCGCGUUCAAUCCUUGAGUCACUCGUCUCACGGCCAGAAGGAUGAGAGACCCUGUGAAUUUUAGUGCUAUUCACAAAAUAUGCAAGUUGAUCGUGUUGCUGUGUUUUCUCCACAUUUCAGUGGUUUUUGUUUUUUACGUUAAGUCGUUCGACAUCGGACAUGCGUUUAUUCAUAAAGAGCCAACUUUUACCAGACGGAAUUCAACUGCACGGCCGUUCACGGCCGGGACGAAUGCCGUUUCAACAGCCGAAGGACUAGCAACCACAAACCAUGAAAGGAACCAGGCGAUCUCUUCAGUUAAACAACUACCUGUCGCAGCCAGUCAACAGACCAUUGAGCUUGGGAAAUGUCCCGAAACAUCGCCACUCUUAGUGGGCCCGCUGCAGGUGGAGUUCAAAACCCCCGUCUCGCUGGAGCAGGUCAUGAAGGAUAACGUGGGCUUGAGGCCGGGCGGGCGCUACACACCCAAAGACUGCGUCGCCCUGCAGAAGGUUGCCAUCAUCAUACCUUUUCGGAACCGGGAUGAGCACCUCAAGUUCUGGCUCCACUACCUCCACCCGAUCCUGCAGCGACAGCAGCUGGAUUACGGCAUCUACGUCAUCAAUCAGGGAGGAACGCAGACGUUCAACCGUGCAAAGCUGCUCAAUGUGGGUUACAUGGAGGCGCUGAAGGACUACGACUACGGCUGCUUUGUCUUCAGCGACGUAGACAUCAUCCCCAUGGACGACCGCAACACCUACAAGUGCUUCGACCAGCCACGCCACCUCUCAGUCUCCAUGGACAAGUUUGGCUUCAAGUUACCAUACUGGCAAUACUUCGGGGGCGUGUCAGCCAUGAGCAAGGAGCAGUUCAAGAAGAUCAAUGGCUUACCCAACAGCUACUGGGGCUGGGGAGGCGAAGACGAUGACAUCUACAACAGGUUAGCCACGAAGGGUAUGACCAUCUCUCGGGCCAGUGGCACGGUGGGGAAAUGCAGAAUGAUUCGACACAACCGGGACAAGAAGAAUGAGCCCAACCCUCAGAGGUUUAACCGACUGGCGCACACCAGAGACACCAUGGCCAAGGAUGGCAUCAACUCGCUCACGUACACUGUGGUUGGCAAGGAGCAGAGGCCGUUGUACACCUACAUCACCGUGGAAGUGGGGGAACCAUGACCCCACCUCCACUGACCGCCGCAGUACCCAAAUGUGCCUUACAUGACCUUCUACGGAAGCCAGCCAACAAACUCUUUUUGUCGCGUUUUAAUAUUUUUUAGGA